AUGUCAAGGCCUCCGUCUGCAUCAGAAAGCACCCUGUCUCGACCCCUGGUGACACCUGCCGCGUCUGCCCAACAUGAUUGCUCUAAUGGGCCCGAUCUUCCCCAUCCAAAACCGCGCCGCCACCAUGUCUGGGACCAGCAUCACCAUCCUCCUGAAGCUCCCUCCCCGUCCCGCGCCGAAUCCCCCACUGCCCAUCAAUGGGCCAAGCCUGCGUCUUCCUUUGCUCUAAAAAGGGCCUCCACCGCCCCUCUGGAGAAAUUCCCUCGUCCGCAUAGUCCCCAGCUGUCCGAAAGGGAUAGCAUCUUUGCAACCCAUUACCUCCCCUCCGACCCUGAAGCUACCACCACUACCACCACUCCGCAACUCCCCCCCGUGGAGGACGUCGCUGAAGAUGACGGGCCCGGUGCCCUGAACCUCGCUUCCGCCAACGAUGCGGCCGCUUCGUCUGUUCCAAUCCCCUCUACGAAGGUCCCCCCUCGUCCUUCCAUAGUCGACUCUUUCCCCAUGGAAGUGGACCGACGCGUGCCCAUCCCAUUGCGCUCCCCUUCUUUGUCGUCUUCCACCCUGCCCGCCCCCGACCUCUCUGCGCUCCCGAGUCGACCCGAUACCCACCUGCAGAAGCCUCAUGAGGUCCUGGAUCGAAGUGCCCACCUCCCGGCCUGGGAGAGCAUGCAACCGCUCCGCAAGAUUUCAUCCGAUGGCGCCGCCACCGGUCCCUCGCCGGUAGAGGAGAAGCGCAGCGUCACGUCCGCUCCUCUGAAGGAUCCCGCGCUUGACCGUCUGCCAACAGUCCCUACUCGCGAGACCUCCGGCACGUGGUCGGAACGGUCGUCGCGGGAAAACACUCUGGACGGUCCAGGGGAGCGAAGCUCGAGUCGCAGCCGGCGCGGGCGUGUGGAAAGCUCUAUCGAGGCGAAUUUAACCAACGCAGAACCAGCCUCUCAUGUGCGCAGCCGUAAGUCAAGCCAUUACCUGGGACUUUUCAAGGAGAACACUACUUCGCCCGAUCGGAAACGGAGGGAAGACCGGGGGCGAUGGUACGACGAGACGUCAGAGGCACACGAUAGCCAACCCCAGCAAAUGGGUCAGUCGGAUCUCUAUCAUGCGGGUGAACAGACGACCUCCCCGACGGAGGCUCCAUUCGCAUUGGAGCAGACCAGACUCAAAAGGAAUUCGAAGAGUUUAUCGCAGCUCUCGCUGAUCGACCAUCCGCUGUUCGCACCCCCAUCCGAAGCUGAACGCUCCCCGAAGGACGAAGUGACGAAGUCUCCGCGUCGCGUGUUGCCUCGCAGUCUGUUGGAGGAGAUUCGGAAUUUCCACCUAACCCCCGGAGGUGCCCGCGGCACGUCCUUCUCGAAAAGCAUCCCGACGCAAUACGCUGAAGGGGGCCGGGAUUACAUCACAGCGAAGGAAGAGCCCCAGUUUGACCAUCUAUCCCCAUCGUCCGGUCCUGAUACUGGUCCGCGCCGGGGUUCCGCGCAAUUCGAGGACGAAGAGGAUGAGCAGAUCUCCUCGGCUGUCUAUUUCCCACAUGAGCGCGUGACGGUCUCGGACGAAGUUGAUCAGGUUCAGCCCUUUGCAGAUGAUCGGCCGGGAGCAGAACCGUACCAGGUGUCACCAACGAAGAGUAAUCUCGGUUUAGUGUCAAAGAGACAUAGUCUUGUUGAUGAGCCGGAGGCCCAUCAUGUGGAUAUUUCCCUCCGAUCUAAGAAUGAUAGUAGAAUUUUGCAUGGUGACCUACAGGAAAUCCAGGCUCCACAACUAGAAGAGCUUACAGAAAAGUCGCUGAAUGCCAUAUCAGAACGCAGUGGGGAGGAAUCGACCUGUGGAGAAUCCGAAUAUGAUAGUGGCAUCUCGGUGCAGGACGAAGCGUCCAGUUUGACCGAUGAAGCGGAGGUGACGCCAACCGCGACUCCCACUCAGCGCCACCGCACACUGCGUCCCCGACGCACCCACGGCUCAUCUGGUCCUCUCGGAGCGGUGGAGUUGAAGCCUUACCGCCAUCAGGUGGGCGGCCAUACCACCGUGUUUCGGUUCUCUCGACGUGCGGUGUGCAAGCAACUCAAUAAUCGCGAGAAUGAAUUUUACGAGCGGAUCGAACGCAGACAUCCGGAUAUGUUGAUGUUUCUCCCAAGGUAUAUUGGCGUUUUGAACGUGACGUUCUCCAAAAACUCCAAGAAACAGAAACCGAUACCGGAGGGUGCUAAGGGGCGUGCUGAUUCAAACAAGGCUGGGGACAGCAAUAAGCAUCAAGAUGCCACGUCACUCACCGUGCCUCUUUCGCAUGAUGCCACUGAUCAACCCCGAAUCUUCAGUCAAAAGCAAGUUACGGGCAUUAUCCCGAAGGUCAUCCUGGAGAACAAUCGUCAUAUCAUCCCCGCAGACCUUUUCUCGCGUUCACAAAGGCCCAGGACUGCGGACGGUGCCAUGCCAGCAAGACAUCGGUUUUCUCAGAGUGCUGGAGUGAUCCCCAGAGGGAAGCAGUCGACUGGCUCCUGGGACGACAAGCAUGCUCAGGCGCUGACCAAACCUAAAGUCAGCUGGGGCGCGACGACUGUGAAUCGUCAACUACAGGAGCAGGUUCUCCGCGAGGUGUUUAGCCCUCCCGCAAUUCAUCAUCAUCGCCGUCAUGCUCGGGGCCAUGUCAACCUACCCCGGACGAUAUCUGAUGGGAUCCAUCGGCGGGCUAACUUGUCCGAGGAUCAGACCGCUAGUAGCCGGCGCAAUGCACCUACACCGCCAGAACCCCCUCGGUCAGCAGCCAUUGACAUUGUGAAACAGUCGAAUGAAGGGCCGGGGCUUUCAUCAUCGGCGUCCACAGCAUUGGAUGCUACUCACAACCGCCUGGAGCAGAUUCGGUCCCAGGGGUCCCCGCCACGCUCCAGUUCCCUUUCACGGGCUCGACAGGUCAGACGUCGUCAUUCUGGAAGUGGUUUACAGAGACGGGGUAGCAUGACGCCGGGGAAGGGCGGUGGCGAGUUGAUGUUCUUUGAGGAUGAUGGAUAUGGUGGGGACAGAGAAGACGAGAUUUUCGCCAUGGAAGGCGACGCUUCAAUGGCACGAUCGCGCGAUCAUAGCCAGCAUACGGCUGACUCCGGGGUCCCGAAGAUCGCCACUACAGGGGCUACCGACAUUUCGGGUCGUAGCAACGGUGAUUCUUCAAAAUCUCCAAGCCGUCUACAAGUAAAGGAUGACAGUGGCGCCCAACUCCCGGCCAACCCCAAGGAGGCGCAGACGAGAAAAGAUGAGAGGGUUCAAUUUUUCCUUCUCCUCGAAGAUCUCACCGCCGGCAUGAACAAGCCUUGUGUCUUGGACCUCAAGAUGGGUACUCGCCAGUACGGUAUCGAAGCGGAUGAGAAGAAACGGAAAUCUCAGAGGCGGAAGUGUCAGUCUACCACCUCCCAGCAGUUGGGUGUUCGACUAUGUGGCAUGCAAACCUGGAAUGUCAAGAAGCAGGAAUAUUCCUUUGAAGACAAGUACUUCGGCCGGGAUCUGAAGUCUGGACGUGAAUUCCAGGAUGCUCUUACCCGCUUCCUGUACGACGGUGUCAGCUACAACAGCGUUGCGAAGAAGAUUCCUGUCAUUCUGGAGAAGCUGGCCAAGCUGGAGAACAUGAUUCGAAGACUCAAGCGCUAUCGCCUCUAUGCCAGUAGCCUCUUGAUUCUCUAUGAUGGCGAACAGACCAGUUCCGAAACGUCCAUGCCAAAUGAUACCCAUGUGGCCACGAAACGGGGCGUCUUAUCGCGUCGUGCGUCGGAGGACGGCCAUAAUAACGAGGACGUCCAGCUAAAGAUUGUCGAUUUUGCAAAUUGUGUUACCGGCGAGGACGAAAUCCCUCCCACUGCUCCUUGCCCUCCGCAGCAUCCGGAUGACAUCGAUCGUGGCUAUCUUCGCGGUCUUCGGACAUUGAGGAUGUAUUUUCAGCGCAUUCUCAAAGAAGUCAGUCAUGACGAGUACAUUGAGCGUGGAGAAGGCGAAGCUAUAGCUAUGCGAUCCCAAGCUUCCGGUCACGACGAUACGUCGGAUCGUUAUUGGGAUGAGGGCGUGAUGGAGAGUGACCCAGGCGAAGUCAGCUUCUAG